CGCUCCACCAGCAACAGUGGUGGCAGUAGCAGCAACAGCAGGAGUAGCAGCAAUCUGCGUCGCUGUCGCUUUCUCCUUCCCUGAGCGCCCCUCAGUUCCCCAGCGUCACCAUGCCCAACAUCGUGCUCUUCAGCGGGAGUUCUCACAAGGACCUGUCGCAGCGCGUGGCCGAUCGCCUGGGCCUGGAGCUGGGCAAGGUGAUCACCAAGAAGUUCAGCAACCGGGAGACCAGCGUUGAGAUUGGUGAAAGUGUGAGAGGGGAGGAUGUCUACAUCAUCCAGAGCGGCUGUGGGGAAAUUAAUGACAACCUAAUGGAGCUACUCAUCAUGAUCAGUGCAUGCAAGAUUGCGUCUUCAUCCAGGGUAACUGCCGUGAUACCCUGCUUCCCGUAUGCCAGGCAAGAUAAAAAGGACAAGAGUCGUGCUCCGAUUUCUGCUAAACUUGUGGCCAACAUGCUGUCAGUUGCUGGGGCUGAUCACAUCAUCACCAUGGACCUGCAUGCUUCUCAGAUCCAGGGAUUCUUUGAUAUUCCUGUGGAUAAUUUAUAUGCCGAGCCCGCAGUUCUUCAGUGGAUUCAGGAGAACAUCCCUGAAUGGAGAACCUGUAUCAUAGUUUCCCCAGAUGCUGGAGGAGCCAAAAGGGUUACAUCAAUUGCAGACAGACUGAAUGUGGACUUUGCUUUGAUUCACAAGGAGAGAAAGAAAGCAAAUGAAGUGGACCGGAUGGUUCUGGUGGGUGAUGUGAAGGAUCGGGUGGCCAUCCUGGUGGACGACAUGGCUGACACGUGUGGUACCAUCUGCCAUGCUGCAGAUAAGUUACUGUCAGCGGGUGCCACCAAAAUUUAUGCUAUCCUUACCCAUGGAAUCUUCUCUGGGCCAGCUAUUUCCAGAAUUAAUAAUGCUCCCUUUGAAGCUGUUGUUGUCACCAACACAAUUCCACAAGACGACAAAAUACAACACUGCUCCAAGAUUCAGGUGAUUGACAUUUCAAUGAUCCUGGCUGAGGCCAUUCGAAGAACCCACAAUGGAGAAUCCGUGUCCUACCUGUUCAGCCACGUCCCACUAUAGACCGGAUUGGGAUACAGAGGAGCAAGCCUCCUCUAACUUCUCACAGUCUUUCUCUGCCUGCUGUCUUAGCGUUAGGACUCAGCAAUUCUAGGAUGAUGACUGGCAAAAGCAUCCUAUCUAUGAGAUUCCUUGUCUUCCCUUCUAACGCUCAAGACUACUUCUUUCCAGUUUGUAGAGGGUAGGGCCAGAGGAAGGUGGUAGUUAUUUGGUCUUUAAGUAAGCUGAUAUUAAUUAGAAAUAUUUUUCCUCAUUCUUUCUUAGUACUUUGAGGCAACAACUUUUAAGUCUAAAAUUGCACUGUGGAAAUCCGUCAUACAUAUAUUUUGAGGUUGCCAAAGGUGACUGCCGAUAAAAACCUCUGUGUAAAUACAUAAUGAUAAUGCCAGUGGACAUUUGGAGAAAAUCCAAAAUAGCCUUUACUUCAGAGUGAACCUUGGAAAAUUUAUACUAUCACGCAUUUUGAAUUUUUGUUUCUUUUUUAAAAAUGAUAAAUGGGUUUAUUUUAUUAUUGUCCUUAAUUGGGACUGAAUUUUAUUGAGCCUAAGAUGGUCACUGACAUACUGACUUUCUAAAUAGAUAUUAGAUAUAUUGAAAACAAUAUAAGGUUGUAUCAUUUUUAAUCACCACUUUGAGGAUUUGUCAUAACUCUUAACCUAAAUGAAACUCGCAAUUUAUGAUCAGUGAGCACUAUGAUUUGGGUGCCACAUUAGGAUGUAUUUAAUGAUUUCAUGGCCACAGUGAAUUACUCUAGGAUGCAGCUCAUAUACUAUCAUCUUAUUCUCAGUCUUCAGCAAUAACCUUUACUUUGCAUUUUCCCCAAUAAUUUCUUCUUCUGCACCAAAAGAAAGACUCUUUGAACUCUCACAUUUUUAAGCUGAUUAUUGUUUUGUUUCUUUUGCAUAAAUAAAAUGGAGAUGUUUUCAGAGUGCUACCAAAUGAAUUUAUUCAAACACUGCUUAAUUAACUUGAAUUAAA